AUGUUCAAGCGGGAGGAGGUGAUGCAGCUGGUCUCGCAGGUCCUCGAGAGGUACUGCGUGGGGCACGGCAUCCGCUACAAGCAGGGCCAGAACGAGCUGAUCGCUCCCUUCGUCAUGCUUCAGGACCCGCCGCUGCCCGUGCCGGUGCUGGGGUUGAUGUUCGAGUCCUUCAUGAGCCGGUUUGUUAGCCGCUGGUUCGUGGACGACGAGAUAGAGGCCCUCUUGGUGAGCUACAGGGUGUUCCGCGUGCUGCUGUUCUACGUCGACCCCGGCCUGGCGAGAAAGCUGGACGAGGCCGACUUCGUCCCGGAGCUGUACGCCACGGCGUGGCUCAUCACCCUCUUCAGCAGGAAUUUGACGAUGGAGCUGGUGGUGAGGCUUUGGGACGUGUACCUGGCGGUGAACGACCCCUCCCUCGUGUUCUUCCUGCUCGCCGCUCUCCUCGUCCGUAACAGGCAAGCUAUAAUAGCUAGCGACCGAACAAGGAACACGAUCCUGGGGGUGGACCAGGCACACAUGAUGCCGGAAAUGAUCCAAAGCCUUACCGUCACCGACAAGGAGGACCUGGAGGAACUCAUAGUGCAGGCGCGAGAGAUGCUGAGGAAAGUUCCCGAAAGCUUCCUCCAGACCGUUCGCAGCUGCUGCAGCGACCAGUGCAACGUGCCCCUGGACACCUCCCGCUCUCUCUUCUGCGAAUCCGUCAGGUGCGUCUCGAUCGGCCCGGGAGAGCUCCUGGACAGGAUGGCCAGAAGGUCGCCGGGGGAUGGGGAGGGCGGGGGCGGAGACGGUAGGGAGGGGACACGCGACGGAAAGGUCGCAGCAGCGGACGGAAACCGCAGCCCUUGCCCGAUGCGGCCCGGGGCGGUGGACACGGUUGCGCUGGACAUCCGGCCACUGCACGACUACGAGAACAGCGGGGCCGGGCACCUGGGAAAGUCUCUACGGCUGGAUCCCUACCUGUUGGAGAUGGAAGACGUCUUGGAGAAGUGGAUGCAGCACUUCGACGGCACCCGGGGGACUCACGUGUGCCUCGUCGACUCUCUCGACCCCUCCACCGGCUCUGGCGCUUACGGCAGCAGCAGCGGCGGCGGGCACGGUGAUGAAGCCGGGGGGCGUGGAGGCCAACAACAGCAGCAGCAGAAGCAGCGACGAGAAGAGGAGCGAAGACGGGGCGGGAGCGAGGCUGCUGAGAAGGACAGGGCGGGUAGAGAAGUAGCAGCAGCAGGGGCAGCAGCAUCGGCGGGGGGCAGGAUUAUCGAGGACCCCUUGUGGAGACGUCUUUUGUUCGGGGAGGGGGAUCCCAUCACGGCGGGCGGGAGAGAGGGCAACGCGGAUGCACCAGAUUGGGAGUGCCAGCAGCAGCAGCAGCAGCCGGAACAGCGGCAGCCGUCUGAUGGCAGCGAUCGUGCCUCUCGUGGGGGAGGUUCAGGGGUAGUGGGGGUAGUCGAAGGCGGCCCGGGAGAGGGUUUCGGAGCUGCGAAGGCCUUCGCCCGGAGGCUCCACGCGAGAGGAUUUCCGUACGUGUCCAUCUUGGAGGGAGGCAUGGAAGGCAUCGUCCAACACCUCAAGAAGGAGGGGAUCCCCCUGGAGCCUACGGUUAUCGACCACGACCCGGAAGCGUAUCAGCGUUGGAGAGAGGCCCAAGCCCGCCGCCUGGCGGCAGCGCUGCCCCCGGAAGGCCAGCGUAGGGAAUCCGCCAGCAGGGCAGGAGAGGCGUUUUCCUGGAGGGAAGAAGGGGACGGCAAAACCGGCGACAACAGCAACAGCAACAGCCACUACAGCGGUUCUUCCUCCGCCUCUCAUCAGAACGACGGGCGCCAGCACCAGCGAGAGGAGUACGGCGGAGGUGGUGGGGGCGGGGCGGAAGGUGGAGGGGGAGUGGAGACUGGCCAAUCGAAAGUCGGCGUUCUCGACCGGCUCGGGCUGGUGCGAGUGAGGGACGGCGUGAGCCACGGCGUGGGCACCGUGGCCCGGACGGGGGCCUGGGCCGUUCGAGGCGGCGCGGGCAUGAUAAUCCCGUCCGCUCUCUCGGCCGACAGCGGCGACAUGGUCCACCAGCAGGAACGGGAGGAGGGCAGGUUCCGUGGACAAACCGCUCCCAGAGGUCACGCGAGAACGGAGAGUGGAAACAUCUGGGAGGACGAGGAGGGUGCCGAUGGUGGCGGUGGCGGCGGGUUGAACAACCUGAUGAACGGGGGCCUCGUGGACAGCAACGAUGUGCAGGCCAUCUUGGGAGCGGUGAAGACCGCGCAGGCGGGCGUCCGAGAUGGUAUCAGCCGAGGGGUCGGCACUGUCCGUCGCACAGGGUCCUGGGUGGCGAGGGAGGGAGGCAUAGCCGGGAGAGGCGCGACCCCCCCACCCGCCCCUGCCUCCAUCGAUGGCGGCAACAACCCGGGUGGGAGCAGCGGGGAUGGGGCGGGCAGGGCGCAGCGGCUCCGUCCGAGGAGCGGCACCGGGAGCGGGCAGGUCGGGGAGGGGGCGAGCGAGGACGAUGUGGACGAGGAAAACGAGGAAGCUGCGCUCUUGGUGGCUCUCAAGACGGCAGAGGCGAAUGGGCACACCGCUGUCGCCAAGGUUCUCCGAGGCCGGCUUGGGUUUCUGCAAGGCCAGGCGGUCAGGCUUCGGCUCGCACGAAAAGAAGACAGCGGCGGCGGCGGCGGCGGCGGUAGCGGACCCGCCCCCUCGAGCGACGUACAACCGCCGUACGAGGACUCUCCCGACCUAGCUAGCACCCCGGUCCGUGUCGACUAG